CCCAAUUGCAAAUCGGCGAAAAGUCACUCCCACACAGCCACAGAAGAUAAAUUUUUUUUGCUCAGUGUGCCGAAGUUGCACGAGUUGAGCCGAGUCGAGCCGACGAGACACCGCCAAGCCGCACGAAGGCUGACACUGUACGAUGUUUCUCCACCUCUAGGCAGAACGGUUUUUCACUCAGAGCAAGUCGGACGUUUUUUGGAGCUAACUGCUGCCGCCGUACGGUCCCUGUUUUAGUCUCAACCCUCGUCUCUCGUUGUGUUUGUGGCUGUGCUUAGUGUGUGUGUAUAUUUCUUAAUAAGUUCAAGUAGGAAAAAUCGUCUGCGUUGCGGUUUUCUUUGUCCUCCACUGCUGCAGAUUUUCGGGUGACCCUCGAAACGAAAGUGCUACCCGCGCCGCGCCAACCAGUUACCAACAAAUCAGCAACCAACCAACCUACCAAACCCACAAACAAAGCACCAUGAGCUGGCAAGACUACGUCGACAACCAACUCCUUGCCUCGCAAUGCGUGACCAAAGCUUGCAUUGCCGGACACGAUGGCAACAUCUGGGCGCAGUCCAAUGGCUUUGAGGUGACAAAGGAGGAGCUGGCCAAACUGAUCAGCGGUUUCGACCAGCAGGACCUGCUCACCAGCAACGGCGUAACACUUGCCGGCCAGCGGUACAUCUACCUUUCCGGCACAGACCGCGUGGUGCGUGCCAAGCUCGGCAGGAGCGGAGUGCACUGCAUGAAGACAACACAAGCCGUGAUCGUUUCCAUCUAUGAGGAUCCCGUUCAGCCCCAGCAGGCCGCAUCUGUCGUGGAGAAACUUGGAGAUUAUCUAAUUACUUGCGGGUACUAGGAGAAUAAAUAAAAA